AUGAUGGCGCACCAGGACCCCGAGAUGGACCACCCCGAGCAGCCCGCGCGCAUCCACCGCAUCUUCUCCUACCUGCACUCCACCGGCCUCGCGCAACGGUGCAUCCGGGUGCCAGCGCGCGAGGCGAGGGACGAGGAGCUGCAGUCGGUGCACACGCACGACCACCUAUCCCAGCAGGUGGCAGCGCACAAGCUGCAUCACGGAGCGGCAGCGGUGCGGCCGCCAGGGCACCAUGCGGAGGCGCACUGCCCCAUGGGCUUCUGCCUCUUCAACAACGUCGCCCUCGCCGCCAAGCAUCUCCUGGACAGCGGCGGGGUGCAGCGCAUUCUGGUGGUGGACUGGGAUGUGCACCAUGGCAACGGCAUCCAGCACAUGUUCUGGACCGACCCGCGCCUCCUCUACUUCAGUGUGCAUCGCUACCAGGGCGGCAUGUUCUACCCAGCAGGCCCGGAUGGGGACUACGAAAUGGGGGAGCAGGGCAGGUUGGAGCAGGUCGGGGCGUUCUACCAGGGCGGCAUGUUCUACCCGGCGGGCCCUGAUGGGGACUACGACAUGGUGGGGGCAGGGCGGGGCGAGGGCUUCAACGUGAACGUGCCGUGGCCGGGAGGCGGGUACGGCGAUGGGGACUACCUUGCCGCCUGGGACCUGCUGCUGCUGCCGCUGCUGCACGCCUUCCAGCCCCAGCUCGUGCUCGUGUCUGCUGGGUUUGAUGCUGCGGUGAACGAUCCUCUUGGUGGGUGCAAGCUGACACCCUUUGGCUACUCACACCUCACACACAAGCUGCUGCGGGCAACAGCAGCGGGGGUGGUGGUGGUGUUGGAGGGGGGCUACAAUCUCGAGUCCAUAGAGCAGUGCUUCGCUGCCUGUGUCUCCGCCAUGCUCGGUGAUCCCCCCAUCACUGCUCCCCCCCCUCAAUGGCCCCUCCGCCUCUCCCAGUCCGGCCUCGCCACUGUUCUUCAGGUGCGCAAGCAUCUCUCCCAGUGGUGGCCGUGCCUCGCCUCGCCUCUCGACCUCUCCACCUUCCUGCACUCCCUCGCAAACCUCCACGCCUCCUUCUCCUCCACCCCCUCUUCCUCUCACCCGCCCACUUCCUUCCCUCCCCACAUAUCGUCCACCGCCACUACUGCCCCCCCUGCUCUAUCCAUGGAUGCCCUCUUCUCGCAUCUCUCCCAAGCUGAGAUGGCGCAUGUUGCUGCCACUGCUGCCGCUGCCGCUGCUCUCGCUUCUGCUGGUGUUCCAGUUGACAUGCAGCCCACGUCCCCGUCGACCCCCUCCGAUGCCUCUAUAGACUUUGAGGACAUGCCAGGGGUUGGGGCAGGGGAAGUGGAGAGUGGCACGAGGGGCAUGGGGUUUAGAGGGGAUGGGGAGAGUGCGGGAGUAGCAGCUGAAGAGACUCAAGAUGGGGCAGGUAUGGGAGGUGUUGCUAAUGAGAUUGCCAUUCCUCUCUCUACUUGUGCGGCUGCCUCUGUAUCUGGCCCUGCUGUCUCUGGAGCAGCAGGCAUGGGGGGGGAGGCAGGGAUGCAAGCGCACCGCCCACCAGGGUCAAGGGGAGGGCACCCGGACACAGCGUACACAUAUGAUGGCUGGUACGGCACGGUGCUACUACUGGGCUUUGAUGAUGGAUGCCCAAUACUCACCUUCAGCUGUUCCGAGGCAGACCUGUCCAAGUUCCGCCUGCGCAAGCUGCCCAUGAACCCGCCCUCUGAAGCCUACCGCCGUGUGGUGGCCAGAGGCCUCGUGGAGGGGCUGGGCAUGCCCCUCGCGGACGCCCACGCGUACAUUGACAUGCGCUCUCGCCCACUGUGA